AUGCCAGAAUUCCCGAUAGAGAACCUCCCGACAGAUCUCCAGGGCUUAGUGGUGCAACGCGUGGUACAUAACGGCUGCAAGGAUCUUUUUAGACUCCGCGCUACUUGCAAGUCUAUGCGUGCGUUGACAGACGAUGCCGAGGUUUAUGCUUCCUUGGAUAUGUUGAGUAUCCCUUGGAGGAUUCCGGGGUUUAUGCUUCCUCCUCUAUUGAAAAGAUGCUAUCAGGAGGGGAACCCAAGUACUCUUUACAUCAAGGGUGUAGAGUACUUAUACAUACAAGAUCGUCACGUUGAGGGCCUCGCUUUGAUAAAGAGAGCAGCAGAUGCAUGUUACCAGCCAGCCUCGUAUACCUAUGCAAUGACAACCAAGAUCUGGGUGGUGAUGGUGACCACUUCUGUGGAUUUACAAGAGAAACCAUUGCUGAGAUCGGGAAGGUGGUCAGAAACUCCGACGGGAUAUGAAAUAUCGAUCAUAAGGAGGAUUUCGGUAUAA